AUGGCUCGCACCGCCGAGCUCUCGCCGCGCGGCUCCGACGACGCGCGCCGGCGCCGCCACUCGCGCCGCGACGACGACGACGAGCGCCGCCGCUCGCGCUCGCCGCCGCGCCACGCCUCCUCGUCCUCGCACCACCGCCGCCUCAGCUCGCGCGACGACGAGCGCAGCCGCUCGGACCGCUACCGCGACAGCGAGCGCGAGCGCGAGCGCGACUACGACCGCUAUGCCGGCUCCAGCGGCAGGGACCGCGAGCGCGAGCGAGACCGUGACCGCGACCGCGACCGCGACAGGGACCGCGAGCGAGAGCGCCGCGAGCGCGACCACCCGCGCGACGAGCGGCGAGAGCCGAGCUCCUACCGCCGCGACGGCGAGCGCGGCUACGAGCCGGACGCAUAUGGUGCGCCGCCACGGGACUCGCGGGACUGGCGCGGCGCGGCGUCGCCGCCGCCGGCGUCGCAUCGCAGCGGAGCUCGCCGCUCGCCCGGCCCGUACUCGUCCCGCCCGCCAGGCCUGCCGGAGCGGCCAGCCUACGGGCAUGCCAACGGCGGCGCCUCCAGCAGCGCCAGAGACAGCCCGCCACGGCUCUCUGCAAGCGCCAGCGAGGCUGAGAAGCAGCGUAUCAAGAAGCAGCGCCUCGAGGCGUGGAAGAAGGAGCGCGAGUCGAAGAAGGCCGUGGAGGAGGCACGGGCACGGGCCGCUGAGGUUGCCGCAGCGUACACUGCACCAAAAGCAACCGAGCUCAAGGCUGGCGCCUCGACCAGCAUCAAGACGACGGGCCUAAAGAUCGGCGGCGCCAAGAUCGACCUCGGCAAGAAGGUCGGCGCUGUGUCGGCGAUGGGCGACACGGCAGAUGCGCCCGUGAAGCGCGACUACAAGCUCUUCGACCUGCCACCGCUGGACCCGUCAGUGCAGCCGAGCAAUGGCGAUGACGAAAAGGUCGGCGCUGGUUCGGAUCUGGAGGACGAGGCAGAAGAGGAGGACGUGAAGCCCGUGGUGGAGGCCACGCCGAUGCAGGUCGACAACGAGGAGGAGGAAGAGAUCGACCCGCUCGACGCCUUCAUGGCCAGCGUCAAGGAUGAAGUGCAGCAGGUGAAUGCUGCCGACCAGAAGCGCUCCGGCGUCAGCGGCGUUGCGGUCAAGCGCAAGGGCCUGGCAGAGGUCGUCGGCGACGAGGACGGCAUGGGCGCAGGCACCGCCGAGGCGGAGCCCGAGCAGCCAGACGAGCUCGAGGGCGCUAGCCUUGAAGAUAUCAUGGCUAUCGCCGCGUCGAAGGUGAAGAAGAAGGAGAUGGCCACGGUCGACCACGCCAAGGUCGCGUACGAGCCGUUCCGCAAGGACUUCUACCACGCGCCAGCGGAGCUCGAGGAGAUGACCGAGGAGGACGCGGAGCGGCUGCGCAUGGAGCUCGACGCGAUCAAGGUGCGCGGCAAGGACUGCCCGAAGCCGAUCACGCGCUGGAGCCACUGCGGCCUGCCGGCGCGCUGCCUGGACGUGAUCAAGAAGCUCGACUGGGCUGCGCCCACGCCGAUCCAGGCGCAGGCCAUCCCGGCGAUCAUGAGCGGGCGCGAUGUGAUUGGCGUCGCCAAGACGGGCUCAGGCAAGACGAUGGCAUUCCUGCUGCCCAUGUUCCGCCACAUCAAGGACCAGCGGCCCGUCGAGAGCCUCGAGGGCCCGAUCGGCAUCAUCAUGACGCCGACGCGCGAGCUGGCCGUGCAGAUCUACCGCGAGUCGAAGCCGUUCCUCAAGGCCAUCGGCCUGCGCGCCGUGUGCGUGUACGGCGGCGCGCCGAUCUCGGAGCAGAUCGCCGAGAUGAAGAAGACGGCCGAGAUUGUCGUCGCCACGCCGGGCCGCAUGAUCGACCUCCUCACCGCCAACUCAGGGCGCGUGACGAAUCUGAAGCGCGCGACGUAUCUGGUGCUCGACGAGGCCGACCGCAUGUUCGACAUGGGCUUCGAGCCGCAGGUGAUGAAGAUCGUCAACAACAUCCGGCCCGACCGCCAGACGGUGCUCUUCUCGGCGACGUUCCCCAAGCAGAUGGAGAGCCUGGCGCGCAAGGUGCUGCGCAACAAGCCCGUCGAGGUGACGGUCGGCGGCCGCUCCGUCGUCGCGCCCGAGAUCGAGCAGAUCGUCGAGGUGCGCGAGGAGGAGACCAAGUUCAACCGCCUGCUCGAGAUUCUCGGCCAGACGUACAACGCCGACGCCGAUGCGCGCACGCUCAUCUUCGUCGAGCGCCAGGAGUCGGCCGACGACCUGCUGCGCGACCUCAUGCGCAAGGGCUACCCGACGAUGUCGCUGCACGGCGGCAAGGACCAGGUGGACCGCGACGCGACCAUCUCCGACUUCAAGGCCGGCGUCGUGCCCAUCGUCACGGCCACGUCUGUGGCGGCGCGCGGCCUCGACGUCAAGCAGCUGAAGCUGGUCAUCAACUACGACGCGCCGAACCACAUGGAAGACUAUGUGCACCGCGCUGGCCGCACCGGGCGGGCCGGCAAUAAGGGCACGUGUGUUACGUUCGUCACGCCGCAGCAGGACCGCUACGCACGCGACAUCAUCUCGGCGCUCAAGGCGAGCAAGGUGGCGGUGUCCGAGGAGCUCCAGGCGCUCGCCGACGACUUCAAGGACAAGCUCGCGGCAGGCAAGGCGCACGCGGCCGGCUCUGGCUUCGGCGGCAAGGGUCUCGACCGCCUCGAGAGCGACCGCGAGAAGGUGCUGCAGGCGCAGCGUUCGACGUAUGGCGAGCCGGGCGCAGCGCCCGAGAGCAGUGCAGCGGCUGCGACCGAUGCGCCCGCGCCGGUCAUCGAGGACGUGAAGAUCCAGCGUGGUCCGCCGCCGUCGGACGAGGAGCUGGCGCACCGCCAGCGCGUCAACGACAUGCACAUCGAGGUCAAGCGCGGCGCCGUCGAUGCCUCGGUGCGCGACAACAAGACAGCGGCGCCGGCGAAGAGUGGGCCGGCGAUCAACGCACCGAAGAUCCCCGGCGCCAACCUGUCGCAGCUCGCGCAGGCCAUCGCCAAGAUCAACGCCGCUGCUGCGAUGCGGCAGAUGCUGCCCGACGGCGGCAAGUCGGACCGCAAGCCCAAGGAUCCAGACGCGACUGACUACCACGCCAUCGUGCCGAUCAACGACUUCCCGCAGAAGGCACGCUGGAGCGUCACGAACAAGGAGACGAUGGUCAACCUCAUCGAGAUCACGGGCGCGUCCGUCACGCUGCGUGGGCAGUUCUACGACAAGGGCAAGGAGCCGCAGUUCGGCGAGCCGCCGAAGCUGCAGCUGCUCAUCGAGAGCAACGACGAGGAGAAGGUCGAGCGCGCUGUGAUGGACAUCAAGCGCAUCCUGCUCGAGAGCUCACAGGCCGCUCUCGAGGCAGAGGCACGCGGACCGCAAGGCGGUGCCGACCAGGGCCGCUACCACGUGCUGUAAUCUCCAUUCAUUCAGCAUGCUCCAU